AUGGCGAAGCCGAAGCCGAAGAGGCCCGCGCCCCCGCGGCGGGGGGCAGGCGGUCUCUGGCGACCCGUCGCUUUGGGCGGCCUGCCGCUGGCUGCCGCGGCGUACGUGGGCGUCGACUACCUGCGGCAUCUGUCCCCCGUUUGGCACGGGCGGCUGCGGCCGGCGCUCUGGGCAGCGCUGGCGCUCGCCACCGCCGCGCGCGCGCCGUUCUACCGGCGCUGGGACGCCGAGGUCCGCGCCGCCCCGCGGUUCUUCGCUGCCAUAGCGUUCAUGCUCGCGGCGCUACUUUGCGAGGCCAUCUCCGUCCGCUUCGUCAGCACCGUCCUCGGCCUCCAGUGGCACCGAUCUACUGCUCCUCUUCCUGACACUGGCCAGUGGAUGCUUCUAGCAUUGAGUGGGAAACUUCCCCAAACAGUGGUUGAUCUACUGAAAGCUCGCAUCAUCACUCUUCAUCAUUACUUGAUGUUGUUUAUCAUGCUGGCGUUUUCGGCAUUGUUUGACUGCAUCAAAGGUCCUGGACUCGGGAUAGGCUCAAGGUAUAUGUUCACUAUGGCAGUUGGACGUUUGCUCCGGACCAUAACAUUUCUUGCUACGAUUCUUCCAUCUGCUCGACCUUGGUGUGCCGAAGCUCGAUAUCAAAUACCUGACCAUCCACAUCCUUGGGCACAGAAAUAUUAUGCUCCUUAUGCUUCGGAUCCAAACAUGAUCUGGAGGGUCAUGAAAGAGGAUACCCCAUACGCUACUCUUCAAGAUUACCCUGAUGAAUAUAAACCUGACUGGGGAUUGAUGAGUUUCUUAGUAGACAUUUUGAGGCCAAGCACUGGUGAGGGGCCCUCAUGGUAUCAUUUGCUGAGGAAAUCAAGUGGUGGUUGUAAUGAUCUUAUCUAUAGUGGACAUAUGUUUGUUGCUGUCCUAACUGCUAUGGCAUGGGUGGAAGCAUAUGGGGGAUGGAGCUCUGUUGUGAUAUGGUUCCUCGUCAUCCACAGCGCUCAGAGGGAGGUACGGGAGCGCCAUCAUUACAGUGUUGACUGCAUUGUAGCAAUCUACAUCGGGAUCCUCUUGUGGAGGAUGACUGGGUUCCUCUGGUCUGCAAUGGAAACCAAUCGAUCCAGAAGGCUUUCCAAGCUUGAUGAGGUUCAGAAGAGACUAUUCCGUGCUGCAAAGGAUUCUGACGUCUUUGAAAUAAGGAGCCUGCUAAAUGAAGUUGAGCUGGCUGUUCAAGAAAAGAAGGGCUUUUCACAGCGCUUUAUCUUCUCCUUUGCUGCAGCUGUAAUUGUUUUUACCGUCUUGUUUGUUCUCCUGGCAUUCACGCUAACCAAUGACGGAUGA